CGUCCAUCACAGGGCCCACUCCGGUAAGAGAGAAGGCCGAACCCGCCGAACCAAAUAUGGGAAAUCCCACAGCCAACUCGGAUAUAAAUAGAUACUCUAAUCCCGCCCUGAACAACCUCAAUCUCAAGUAUAGCUCCGCAAGCGCGAAUAGGUAUAGCACAGCGUCCGAGCCCAACUUCGGCCGGUAUACCACGAGUGAUAGGUUUACGACAAACGAUAGAUUUACGACAAAUGAUAAGUUUACGACGGGUGAUAGGUACACGGCCUCUAGUGCCGGGGAGAGCAAGUUCGGAACACUGGGCGUAUCAGAUAACCGGCCCAGCGCUUCAACCACUACAGCAGGCCUGUACAACAGUACUAGUACUACAAACACGUACGGGUCAACUACCUAUGGCAAGCCCUAUGUGAGUGGAGCCAAGGCGUAUGACUCUGAGGGCAUCGAUGCCCAGUUAAAGCGGCUGUACCCGGGCGACAAUGCAAUGGUUACUAGUCUCACCCCGGCGCAACCGAAGUAUAUGGCUAAAGCAGAGCUUGAGGAGGGGAUCAAGGAGACGGUAGGCCGGCUUUCUAAACUGGAGAAGCAGGUGAACCAACUCACUGUCCAGAUGGAGGCGGCUACCAUGGGCGUACCACUGACUGAGCUCAAAGCGGAAAACUUCACUACGGAAGCGAUAUCACUGCUUCAAGGAAUACCGUCUACUGACGAUCGCAAGGCGGCUAUACGCGUACUACAGGGCCUAUCCAAGAAGAGUAUAGAUAAUGACGACUCCGCAGACGAAACAGCUUAUUACGACGCCCCCGAAUUCACCACCAUCACUCCGUAUAAAGGUGGAAGCGACCAGCCUUACACAUACACAAGUACCUUUGCACAAGCAGGCACCUACGCACACACGAACAACAACGAGGGAUACACUUCAGCUAAUCACCGGUACACGGGAGGCUCGGGUUUCAGCGGUAAUCAGGGCUUCGCGCCUACGUUUGGUAGUAUGGAACAUGCACAGAGAGAGGUGGAUAGUGCGGAUAGACGACAGCAGGCAGAGGAGAGUGAAGGGUUGCCUUUUGGCAUGACUCCGCAGGCACGUGACCUACGCGAGAUGCGGCUCAGAAAAAAGGACGACGGAAAAUUCCAUCUUAACUUACGAGGCGAUGGGGAGACCGACAAUCAGUACAACACCUACAGCGACGGUCUAAAGUACAACACCGAUACAGAUCACUUCGACGAUGCAGAUACGUUUCGAGAACCAUUCACUGUUGGUAUUAACCACCAAAGCAAUACGGACGCCAAUGCGUUGGGUCAGUCAGAAGCACAGCACGGAUAUGCAAGCUUAUGA